UACACACGGUCUUGAAUAGAUUUGAAGAUUGAAAAGAGGUUUUGUAUGAAAUUUUAAAACAGCGCAAUGAUCAUGGAAGGAGAAGAUUCCAAAAUCGUCGCGAUUGUACAAAACCCAUGGACUAUAGUACCGACCCGGUAUACCAAACAAAGGGCAAACUAGGCUCUCUUGGCAUUCAAAUGAAAACCGCGCUCGAUCUCUAGGAAUUUGUAAACAGGUAUCCGGCAUUUCGAGAGACACAUCCCACGAGUGUUGAAUUCCAUUCUCCGCCGUUGAACAAAUACGAGGCUAUACGCGUGCGUUAUUCGUGCUGCGCCCCCCGUGUGCAGCAUUGAUUCGUUUUUUGUUGUUGUGACAAAGGUUGUUAAAGAACUCCAUUAGAAAGCAUCAAAGCAUAUCUAAGCAUGGAUGAAGAGAACGAAUUGAGGGUUAAAUUUUCUGCCACCCCCGUAUUAAUCAACUGAAUAGCGUGUCUACAUAAUGAGUUAUAUAAAUACAAGCGGUACACUGUCAUGCUAUAUACAGCUGGCGUCAACCUUGGAGUAAGGCAUCACGCGUCGCACACGAAAACAACAAGACUUCAGUACUCAACUUGAGUUUAUUUAUUGCACGAUGAGGGUCAUUGCUAAUACAAGUCAUCAGAUGUUAUGGAUAUACAUAAUAGCUUGCAAUAUUUUCGUCACUACUAUUGAAGCGAGAGGAGUGAGUAAACUCGAUGAUCUUUCUCUGGAAGACUGGUAUCCGUUUGACUUGGACGAAAAAUCCAGAACUUCGGGACACUUCGAUAAUAGAAAUGUCCGCCCCCCAAACCACGUGAUUCAGACAAAACGCGGUUAUCAAGGUGGCAACCCUUGUCAGUCCGUCCUUGUCAAUUACAAGGAUACGCGCGAUUACGAAACCAGCGAGCUCAAACGAAUCGAACUCAGCCACGACGUGUAUCCAAAUCUUGAACAAUUCAAGGUGACGAUGUGUCGAUCACCCCGUGGUGUGGGCGUGGCGAAGGCUGUUGCCGGCUGCCUCAUGAUCAUGGAUUGCAUUACCCAUAAUGCGCCAGUGACGUUCUUCUAUAAAUCGCGAGGCGCGGGAUGCUCAGAGUGGAUUCCGCUUACAAUAGAAGUCCCGGUUGGCUGUCAAUGCUGGAAAACAGUAGAAUAAACCACCGUGUUUACAUUCAAGCAACAAGUCGACCUGCCCAUGGUGUAGAUAUGCAGUGCAAGUAGAUCCUCCAGGGCUAAAUUAGGAUUUCUCUAGAGGUAAAUUCACUUAAUUUCCAACAUCUUAUCUAGGGUUUUACACCCGAUUUUUUGUCUAUUUGUGCAGUUUGCGCCUUUAUAAAUGUUACAGUGAAUCCCGUUAAACUCGAACAUCUAAAUAACAGUUCCAGUUAGUCGGGAGUCCCAAUUCGAGUAGUCGGGAUCCAACAGGAUUACGGUCAGCCGCUAUUUUUUCAUCAUUUUGUCUUUUAAAAACUAUAAACAGCUCAGGCGAAAGAGCAAAAACCCAGAGAUCAUUGAAUCUUUGUGGGGCCCUGUUUUAUUUCCCUUUCAUAUUCGUAACACAAGUCGAUUGCCAAAAUAUAUCUGGCUUUUUCAUCAAUGCUCUCAUUGCAAUAAGUUUAUGUCAGCGAAGCGGAAUACGAAAUUCACUAGUAAACCUGUGGGAAACCUCCUAGCUAUAUAAAGGCUGUGUCAAUCAAUUCUAUUUAUUCUGAUAGGCGAAUUGCACUAAGGGAAGUCACAUGACUUUCUGAGUGGAGAACUCAGGCUAACAUAAGUUAGACAGUAAAUAGAUCGCGUCAUAGGGUCGCUGAUUCACAAGCGCUUAAUAAUUUGUAAUUUUUUCCACCAAAAGCCGAAGCGUGCGCGAUUUUACCACCCAAGAAGUCACAUGAUUUCUUAUUUCAAGUCUUCUAUUGACUACAAAAGUGAUCGUAUAAACAACUGUAUUAGUAAAAGUUUAUUUUGUUUA